CCCAACUCCAAACUAGCACCUCCAGGCGGGCUACAGCUAGUAUCUUCAACUUUCUUCUUCCUUCGCCUUCAUUCUCCAAUAUAUUGCUCCUCAAACCUCUUCCAUUUUCAAUUCUUCAUUCAUCUUCUUCUAAUGUCUCACAGGACCCUCGAUUCGCUUCACUCUAUAGAUUCAUGCGCCUUCCAGCUCCACUCCUGGAGACCUUUCCACCUCCAGACCUUAGACUCCGAUCCUCCUAAGCCUUAUUCCACUAUGGGUCUCCACUCCCACGCCCUCACUAAGCGUCCCUGUCUAUCCGAUCGUGCUACUUCAUUUCCCAUUGAUUCAAUCGACAUCUCUAAGCUCUCACUCAUCGACGACGACAAACCCACUGGUAUUGUGGCAAGCCCCUUCAAGCGAGGUAGCUUAAGGUUGAUCGCUCGUAAACGGCGGCGGAAUGGGUCCCGGUCGGUGUCUGGUCGGAGCUCCGAUCGGAGUGGAACUCAACGGUGUUGCUCAGUUGGGGCGUCUGCUGCUCACGGGACCUGCUCGGAUUUCCCGUUAGCUGUAGGGACUGAUUCUAGCGGGGAGCUUUUUGUGAAUGGGGACGCCAAUUGGGCGUCGGAUGUGAGCGAAGCAAAGAAUUCAUCGAGGAGGGAGAGGGAGGAGAAAGAGAAUUUGGGUGUUGGGUUUGGGCAGUUCGGGAAUUUCGAUGCUCAAGGGAACGAGUCUGGUUAUGGGAGCGAGCCGGGAUAUAGGGGGGAUGCGGAGUUCGGGUAUGAGGAUGAGCUUGAUGAGGAGGAAGAAGAUGCAAGGUUGCCGUUUUGGGGCAACCAUUUUGGAGGAGGUAUAGAUUCUAAAAUGGAGAUGGUUGGCGAGAGCACAUUUUUGGAUCAAAAGGCCCAUUACAGAUGUCGUCGCAAGAAGCAUGAUUGCAGAAUGGUCGAUUCGAGAUAACUAAUUGUCAUGAUGGGGUCCUUGUCAAUGUCACCCAGUCGCUUGUUUACUUAUAACUGAGGUUUUUGGACCCAUGGAAAUGCCACGAGUGUUUUGGUAAUGGGACAUGCUAUGACACUUUAUGCGGUUGCUUACCUUUUGCCUUCACUUCCCAAUCUUUGUGAGAUUGUUGCAGCUGGUUACCUCUGCGGGGAUUGGAUUUCCUCUUCAUUUUGAUGCUGAUAUACUCUUGAAUGCUUCUAGUUGAACAACAACAUUGUUGCUAUAAAAAUGUUUUUAAAUGUAAAACAAAUACAGUUGUCAAUUUCAUGGCUUUGAUUUAUGACCAACUUUUUGUAUGAAGCUCAACGGUACCUCUUGAACUCUUGUUGCGCUAAUCUCUUAUGUUCGGUUGAUAAACAGUUGUGAUGCCACUUUCUUGCAAAGAAACAUAAUUGUGGAUUUGCAUGAACGAAAUGAAAAGCUUUCAGGAGAGAAAAAAACCCCUGCCAAAAGAGUGGGGAGAGAUGGUGAGAGAAGCAUUGACAGCGUACAGAGUGCUGCUUCGAGCAAGUCGGAAAUCUUUCGCUGGGGACUAGGUGAUGCUGAACGCGUCAGCCUCCGAGGUCAGGAAGAAAUUCGAAGAGAAUCGUCAUGUUACAUCUCAGACUGAGAUCCAGAGGCUCCUGGAAGAAGCUGGCGAAGCCUCUCACUUCAUUUCUACCAUGAUCGUCCAAGCCAAACUCAACGAAUGGGGCGGCUACGAGAUGAAGCUUGGUCGAGACCAUGCUGGAGCAACAGUUGAGGUUCCAUCUGAAGAGAUUCUUCGGAAGUCUGUGUAAGGAAGAAUGUCUUUAAUAAUACGAAUUACGAAGUAGUUUGUAUAAUGAUGUAUGUUUGAUGACUGGCCCUAGCGCUAUAUUUUCAACAACGUUCUGUUAUGAGCUCCCUGUGAAAGACUAUCCUGUUCUGAGUUCCAUCAAUUACUCUGCUAACAUUUUCUUUAUUUGGUGGAAAUCCAUUUGCGUGCCAAUAUCUUCUGUACUAGAAACAUUAUCAUUGUUAAAAUAACUUGUCACAAGUGUUUUUGCCUUGGGAA